CUAAAACUUAACAUGGCCGCCUCCAGCAGCCAAUGUGAGAUUCAAUCUAACGAAAAUUCUAGUGAAUUACAUACUACAACCGAAAGUAAAACUAUGGAACAAAACUCACAACAAGCAGAAAAAUUAAAGGAAAAGGCUAAUGAACGAUUCAAAAAUCUGGAAUUCAACGAAGCCAUUGAAUUGUACACUCAAGCCAUCGAAUUAAAUCCUAAUGUAGCUGCUUAUUAUGCUAAUAGGAGUUUUUCAUAUUUAAAAACGGAAUGUUUUGGUUAUGCCUUGGCUGACGCAAGUAAAGCAUUAGAACUUGAUCCCAAGUAUAUUAAAGCAUAUUACCGAAGAGCUUCCGCAAAUAUGGCACUAGGGAAAUUUAAAUUGGCUUUGAAAGACUUUGAAGCGGUUUCAAACGCCAAGCCAAAUGAUAGAGAUGCAAAAGCCAAAUAUAAAGAAUGCGAUAAAAUUGUAAAGAGAAUUGCCUUUGAAAAAGCUAUUUCUGUGGAAGAGAAACAAAGUAUAGCUGAUAAAAUUAACAUUGAAACUAUGGAAGUUGAGAGUUCGUAUGACGGACCAGUUUUGGACAACAGCAGGGUCACUCCUGAUUUUAUGAAGAAUCUUCUUGAAGCCUAUAGGAAACAAAAAAAGCUGCACAAAAAAUACGCCUAUCAAAUUUUACUAGCUAUGAAGAAUUAUCUGGAAACUUUACCUAGUCUAAUUGAUGUCAAUAUUCCUACCGGAGCAAAAUUUACCGUUUGUGGAGAUAUUCAUGGGCAGUUUUAUGAUUUGUUAAACAUUUUCGAGUUAAAUGGUUUGCCUUCAAAGGAUAAUCCAUAUCUUUUCAAUGGAGACUUUGUGGAUAGAGGAUCGUUCUCUGUCGAAUGUGUGUUUACUCUCUUCGGAUUUAAACUUUUGUACCCUGAUCACUUUUUCUUAUCCCGGGGAAAUCAUGAGAGUAUCACCAUGAAUCAAAUGUACGGAUUUGCUGGAGAAGUAAAAUGCAAAUAUUCGAUGCAGAUGGCUGAUCUCUUUACCGAAGUGUAUAAUUGGCUCCCAUUAGCCCACUGUUUAAGUAGUAGGAUUCUAGUGACUCAUGGUGGUCUAUUUGCCGAGGACGGGGUUACUUUAGACGAUAUACGAAAAGUUGACAGAAAUAGGCAACCACCAGAUUCAGGAAUUAUGUGUGAAUUAUUGUGGUCCGAUCCUCAACCACAGAACGGUCGAUCUCUGUCUAAACGAGGAGUAGGGUGUCAAUUUGGACCUGAUGUCACCGAUAGAUUUUUGAAAUUAAAUAGACUUGAUUACAUUAUUCGAAGUCAUGAGGUUAAAGCUGAUGGAUAUGAAGUCGCUCAUAAUGGAAAAUGUAUAACAGUGUUUUCUGCUCCCAAUUACUGUGAUCAAAUGGGUAACAAAGGUGCCUUCAUUAAUCUAAUAGGUGGUGAUUUGAAACCAAAAUUUACCUCCUACGAGGCCGUUAACAAAACCAGCGGCCCUAUAGCCAUGAUGAACUCAUUUCGCGAUUUUUCUACUGAUGCUCUUUGCAAUGCUGCUGCUGACGGCAAUAUAGAACGCUUUGAAGAGAUCCUAAAAAAAACAAAGAACUUGAAUGCAACGAAUGAAAAAGGUUGGACUGCAUUGAUGUUUGCCGCCCGAAAUGGUCGGCACGAGAUUAUUGAUAUAAUACUUAAAAAUGGAGGUGACGAGGGCUUAAUUAAUCACAAUGGUCAAACUGCCUUAGAUAUAGCAAAAUUUUGGAAUCAUACUGUAGCCCAAGAACAAUUAUCUAAAAAAACAAAACAGAAUAAGGAAUUCAAGAACUUUUUUAGUUCAAAUCCCCUAGAUAGACAUGCGCAUAUGAGACCAAAUAGUGAAUGGAUAGAAAAAUUUAGUAAACAUCCAGACACCGUCUAUUUGGUUUUUCAUGAAUUAACUCCAUUGUUGACUGUUACGGAAGACAAUAAUUCUUUGGCCCAGGUAUCUUAUGACAAAAUAAGCAGUCUUAUUUCUCAGGAUAUGCUAACAAUCUUCUUAGGAGUUCUGCAUGGAGAUCAAUUCAGCGAGAAAAUUCAACCAUAUUUUGCAAUAAAUUUAUCUCAACUGAAUAGCGAUGAUUGCUGUAAUUUAGCUAAAGAUGCAUUUUUUGUAAAAGACUCAAGAAUGUCUUUGAUGAGUCUCCCCGAGGAUCAAGCAGGAAUUGCAGCUCAAGCAAGAUCACUACUAGCUUGGCAUGACAGGAAUAAGUUUUGUUCGACUUGCGGAACAAUAUCAGAAGUCAAAGAUGGAGGACACAAACGCCAAUGCACUAACGAUUCUUGCCGUAGUCGGAGUGGAGUUCACAAUACUUGUUAUCCAAGGACGGAUCCAACCGUGAUUAUGGCUGUAACAUCACCUGAUAAAACACGCCUAUUGCUUGGGAGUAAUUUAAAUAAAUCUCCUGAUUACUAUUCAUGCUUAGCUGGCUUCAUUGAGUCAGGCGAAACCAUUGAAGAUGCUGUUAGACGAGAAGUUUGGGAAGAAACAGGAAUCAAAGUAGGUCGUGUGCAAUAUCAUUCGUCCCAACCAUGGCCAAUGCCGGCUUCAUUGAUGUUAGGAUGCCUUGCAUUUGCUACGACGGAAGAGAUAAAAGUUGAUGAGACAGAGUUACGUGAUGCCAGGUGGUUUUCCCGAGAGGAAGUUGCACAAUUACUUUCUGGAAAGCAUCCUAAUGUACGCAUUCCUCCAUCUCAGGCAAUUGCCCAUAAUUUGAUAAAGGCUUGGCUAUCACUUGUAUCAAAUUUGUGA